GCUGAUAAGAAAGUGCUGCACUUCAACUACUGCGAAUUAUCUUUAGAGAGGCUAAAGCAAACAGAACGCUUAAAAAGAUAAGCGCAAUUCGCAGGGAAACAACAAAACAAAACCAAACAGUUGUUAAAAUGAGCGAUCAACAAUUGGAUGUGCUUGUCUUUGGCUCGGCCAUCAUAGAUUUUAUCUGCUAUACGCCACGCCUGCCCAGGGCUGGAGAGACGCUGCAUGGCCACCGGUUUCAACAGGGCUACGGCGGCAAGGGCGCCAAUCAAUGUGUGGCUGCAGCUCGUCUAGGAUCCCAAACAGCACUGAUUGCCAAACUGGGUGACGAUAGUUUUGGUAACGAUUAUCGGCGUCAACUGCAAGCGGAGCAUAUCGAUGUGCAGCAUGUGCAGCAAUUGGCGGGACAAACAACGGGAAUCGCUCAAAUAGCCGUUUCCGAUGCUGGCGAAAAUAACAUUAUUAUUGUUGUGGGUGCCAACAAUUUGCUAAGUGUUAGUGAUGUGAGCAACGCAGCGGAACACUUUAAUCGGGCCAAGGUGCUCAUCUGUCAGCUAGAGACGCCGCUGGAGGCAACCUUGUUCGCAUUGCGACAGUUCAAGGGCGUCUCUAUUGUGAAUGCGGCGCCAGCGUUGGCAGAGACGCCAACCGCACUGCUCCAGCAGUGCAGCAUCUUGUGUGUCAACGAAACGGAGGCGGCGCUGAUGACGGGAAUGUCAAGUAUCGAUACCGUUAGUGACGCUAAUAAUGCCAUUCGACGGCUCAUCGAGCUGGGCGCCAACACGGUCAUAAUAACACUCGGAAAAUUCGGAGCUGUAUGUGGGAAAAAGGAAGAGCCGGAAAAGUUUGAACAUGUGACGGCGCCGCAAGUGCCCGAUAAUCUCGUGGUGGACACAACGGGAGCUGGGGAUGCAUUUAUCGGUGCUUUGGCACAUAACUUGGCCAAGUAUCCGAAAAACAAGUUAACUCAACACAUAGAAGCCGCCUGUAAAAUUGCCUCAAAAUCUGUACAACUGCCGGGAACUCAAGCGAGUUUUCCACACGCUUAAAAGCGAGACAGCACGAGAGAGAGAGAGGGAGUCAAAGCAAGAAAGCGACGAGAUGAAAUUAUAGUAAGGUGGCGUAUUCGCUUCACCUCGGUGCUUAUUUUUUUCACCACAGCAUUUGACAAUCAAAAGAAAUGAUUAUUUCUUGAGUUCUAUAAUAAAACGUUUAAUGAUUUCGGUCCCUGAAAUCUAGCAAUAAAUUUGGACAACACUGCUAAGUUGGAGUAUUCGCCUUACCUCAUUUCCACCAUACUGACCGUCGACAGUGGUGAAUAAAUACUGCAACUUACUAUAAUUUCAUAAUAGAGAGAGUGCAAUAAAGCGAACAUUUUAAAUAAAAACGCA